AUGAAGAUGACGUGACGGCGUCUGCUUAUUCUGGGUGACUCGUUAUGAGACACUAUGGUGAGCGCGGUCGUUUUCUGCAUCGCUGUAUUAGCUAUACUCGAUUCCGGACAAUGCGUGUCAUCGAAAAUAGAUUUCGAGGAAGAGGAAACAUCGAUAGUAGCCAAUGCGACGAAAGUGGAGGAUGAAGACCUGGAAGUCAAACACACUAUUGUGGUGUCAACGAAAUUGAGGAACAACAAUCGGAGAGGGCUGCACAACCGUGGUGAUGGUGAAGGUGGUACCUUAACCUAUCGUGUCGGUAAUCGCAAUGGGGAUGACAGUAGCGAGGUACCGAUAGUGAAGGGUUACAAAGCUUUAGAUACAACAGAAAUAAGAACUCCUGACUCUAGACAUAAAGCUCAAAUUUAUCCUGAAUCUGUUUUGGUCAGUCGCAACAUCCGGGAUGAAUACGACUACUAUCCUAAUGUAGCUCUUAAUCCAACGCAAUGGAAGCCAUCCAACUUUUACAAUAAUAUCAAUUGGUGGCAACAAGACAAUCGCGAAACUUUUGAGAGAAGAAAUUUCAGACCCAAUAAUCAAGGAAAACUAAACAGAAAAAUAACAGAUGACGCUAUAAAAGACUUCUAUUGUAAGAAAUGCAGAGAACUGAUUAUUGGACAGAGAGGGAAAGGUUGCAUUCAAGAAAGAAGCAAUCCUUGGGUUCAUGAAUCUACAACGGCGAAGAUAAAACUUGACGGCAAAUUGGCAAAAUUAAACUAAUUGGUCUGCUGUAUUGUUUUUGUUCAUACCGUGACCAUAAUUCUUAAAACAAAAACUCAUCUUUGAUGCUAUCGCAUUAACCUUGACGCUGAGAUGCACGGGUCGAUUUGUAUCUCAAACAGUUUGUUUAUAAUAACGAAUCAUUAAGGACAUAGUA